ACCCUUCAGUCAGAGCUAGACGUAACUCAGCUAGUUCAUGUUCUUCUUGAAAGUUAUAGGUUAAAAAUAGUCAUGGUGGUGUGUUUUUUAACUAAAUCUUUUUUUUGUGCAAACAAAGAUGGCUGCUGCUUCAUCUCCUUUCAUUUCCCUCAUCUUCCUCCUCUUCCUCGCUGUUGCUGUGGAGUUGAAACCGUCACUUCAACGAGACAACAAACAGGUCUUACACUCUCUGUUUGGCUCUCGUCUUUCAACUCUCAUCUUGGCCACUCCCACAUCUGAUGACAUCACAGAGGGAUCAGCCGGACAGCCCGCCAAGGCCUCCACAACUCCCUCCACAGUACUGCCUGUGAGCCACGCCCUUGUGAAGCGAGUGAUCAGCAGAAAGGAGGCAGUCCCUCAGUUCUUUCUCAACUUCCUGCGGCGACAGGCCAAGAUGAGGAGGUGGAGCCGCAAGUCGAUGAUGGGAGGGAGAGGAUGCUUUGGGAUGAAGAUGGACCGUAUUGGCUCCAUGAGUGGUCUGGGCUGUUAGACAUAUGUGUCACUAUGGUAACUACACUAUGACCUAAGCUUCGCCUGACUUUGCAUGACCUCUGACCUCCAGAAGGAUGAAUUUUUCCACUGGCAAAGACUUCAUGUUGGAACUUUACUAAUAAAGGACUAAAGGAAAUGUACAGAGAGUCCUACUAAUGACGUCUGACCUCUGACCUCUGACGCCUGGCUUCAGUGCAGCCAGCAGUACUCUGUGUGUGUGAGAGACGAACAUGUUUUAAACAUGUAGAUAUUUGUGUGUGUAAGGACAUUAGGCAUUUAGCUCACACUUUCACGCUUCACAAGGUUUUUCACUAUAGGAAGUACUAUGUGUAGCUCCAGUGAGGGACGGAGUCUGGAUACUGUGUGCAGGACACGGCAGGUUAAAGACAGAUGAAUGUCCGAUCUGAUUGUGUUGCAUAUUUUUGUGCUUUUACAUGUGUCUCUGUCGGGUGAUGUACUGGAAAGCUGAUGACUGUGGGGCAUGUGUGAAAACAGCUUAAUAGACGACCAUGUGUUAAACAUGCAAGUAUGUGUGUGUGCUUGUGUGGACGGACUGCAGGCAACAAUAAACU